UUAAUCGUUUUCUGGAUCCUUUUUCAGCCUAAUCUUUUUAUGGCCGAGAUUAUCCAAUACUCAAGACGGAAUUUUUCAGUUCUCAGCAAGAGCUUGACUGAGUCCCAGCCUAUAGGGAUGAUUUUAUCCAAUGGACCUGGUGUCAUGUUCUUAACACUUGGAAUCAUUCUAGUCCUACAUUAUUCAAGUGCAGAGGAUUCUUUUGUGUUUCCCUAUGGACGAGAAGCAGAACUAUUUGAUUAUUUGACCAACUCAUCAAGGUAUGAUUCCAGAACCCGACCACUAAACUAUGAUGUUCUAGAAGUUAAAAACAGUGUCUUUGUUUAUUUCCUCGGCAAUAUUCGGGCCCAACAGCUUGAGUUUGAAGCACAUCUGUUAAUUAGACAAAAAUGGCAGGAUAAAAAACUAAGCUUUGCAAAUGUUUCAACAAAUAUCGAGUAUAUGGAGGGAGAAACAUGGUUUGCAGACCAUAUUUGGACUCCGAAUAUUUUUAUUGAAAAUGAAGUUAAUAGUGAUCUUAUGACCAUGACACGAGACUCCGUUUACAUCAGAAUUCAGAGCAAUGGAAUAGUGAACUAUCAUUACCGAAUUAGAACUGUAGUGCUUUGUGAUAUCAUCAUCAUUAUAAUAAUUAAAUAA